AUGAUGAUUCGACAUCUGGACACGGGAAUUCGCUCGCAUUUGCGAUCUGGGGUCGCCAUUUCUACCCUGACUCAAGCAAUUGAUGAGCUUGUCACUAACGCUCUAGAUGCGGGAGCAUCUUGUAUCAACGUUCACGUAGAUAUUCCUUCAUUCCGGGUCCAAGUCAGUGAUAACGGCUCUGGUAUCACUAAAGAUAAUUUAGAAAUUUUGGGUCAGCGCUACUGUACGAGUAAAUGCCACUCGCUUAGCGAUUUGCGCAAGUUGAGUUCGUACGGUUUCCGUGGUGAAGCCCUCGCAAGCAUUCGAGAUAUUUGCGGCGUCCUGGAAAUUGUCACCAAGCACAGUUCGUCGUACAAAACGUACUGUAAGUUAUUCCGCAGUGGAAAACCUUUAACUGUCACGCAAUCCUGUUUUCCGCGUUCUAACACAGGUACUACUGUCACAAUUCACGACAUCUUUUCCAAUCUACCAGUUAGGAGAAAACUGCUAUCUAGUGUUCUAGACUUCGAGAGAGUCCGCCAAAGGCUUCUUAGUAUUGCGUUAAUACACCCUGAAGUCUCAUUUAUUUUAUUUAAUGAUGCAACUUUUCAAAAGUGCCUACAGACCCGGAAAUGCCUAUCAGUGACCUCAACAUUCUCUCAGCUUUUUGGUAACUUGAAAGCCAGAAGUUUGAAGGAUGUUUUCUCUGAGCACAAGCAUUUCAAGGUGUCAGGUCAUAUAGGAAUUGAGCCACACCACAACAAAAACUUACAGUUUGUGUAUAUCAAUAGUAGGCUACUAUUAAAGACAAAAAUCCACAAACUUCUUAACUCUAUGUUAUCAAAGUCAAGCUUUAUAAAGCAACUACCUAGUAACAUGAGUGAAAAUGAUGUACCAAUGAGGUCACCACCCCAAAGAAGCUCAGAGAAGAAUGCCAUUUUCAUCAUCAAUAUAACAUGCCCCCUAAUGGUAUAUGACGUCAUCCUUGAGCCAUCUAAGACAUUGGUGGAAUUCCAGGACUGGGAUGGGGUAUUAAAAUCUGUGCAAAAUUGUGUGGAAGGCUUCUUAAUGAGAGAGGGAUUGGUUAUAGCAUCCAAUUCUUUAUAUGAUGGAACCAAUGAGGAAUCACAAAGCACACAAAGUGAUGACAGCCAGAACUUGGUCGAUCUUAGUAGCUUCGAGUACCAAUCUGGUCUUGCUGGACCAGGUUACGGUAAAGAGAUUGAUACUUACAAUGUUGGAAGAAGUCUCCAUUCCUCUGUGGUUACCAGGGGACCUUCUGUAAAUCUCAGUGAUGGGGACUCCUCAUUUAAUGACUCUGGUGGAAAUGGCAACAAAAAGGGAACAGAGCUUACUGAAAAUCUCACAUUUGAUAUAUCAGACAAAGCGAAUGUUGCCACAGAAGCAAGUUCUGUUGAUGGUGCACAACUAUCUGAUGCCAAGAAAUCCCCUGAUAUGAGAACUAACCAAUUAGAUGUUUACAUAUCGUCUAAUGAGUCUCCCAAUUGCUUUACUUCACCAAAUCCCAUAAUGCUGGAGCCCAGAAUGCAUAGAACACAAGACAAGAAGUCAUCAAGGAAGACUCCAACAGGUCCCCUACGUUGCACCCCAAAGAAACGAAAGAGUGAGCAUCGAACAAGCUUGGGUGACCUUGCAGAAAGUAAGGCAUUCUGUACACAGUUAUCUGGAAACUUUAAGUCAUCUGCUAAAUCAACAGAACCAUCUGUACCUGAAGACUGUAAUCAGCUCCAAAGAAAAGGAAAAAAUGGGAAAAGUGAGUCUGUUUUGAAAAAGGCUGCCCAUGACAAUUCGCUGCAACAUCCAAAUGAAUCUUCUCAAUGUCCAAAGAAUAAUGUGAUCACAAAUGAUAAUAAUUGUUAUGCCCAUAAGGCAGAUUCAUUUGACGCAUUCCAUGAAGACAGGGCAACAAUGCUGAAUGUUGACACAAGCUUCUCUGUUUCCAGUCAAGAGUUUGAAAGAAUUCACAAAAGCUCCAGGCCUCCCCAAUCUUGUUUGACCACCAACAUAAUAGAUAAAGCUGACAAAUGUCAAAUUGCAGUAAAUUGUUCCCUAGCAGCAAAAUGGGAGUGUAGGUAUGACCCAGCGCUUGGAAAGAAAGUAUAUGUGAACCUUAAAACUGGAAACACAUGUUUUGAGGAUCCUGAGAAAGGACUCUUGGAAAGUGAAGAUGGUGCACAGGACUUGAGGACCAAGGCACCACUGUUUGGUGCUCCCCACUUGUCAUUCAACUGCACCCCAUGGCUUCCUCGUGAGGAUCGUAAACAGGUUUCUAACCAGAAUGACCAAGGUGGUGAUGUGUCAAAGAUGCUAACUGAGUGGACAAAUCCCGUCUUUGGUGCACCUGCUGGAAUGGGCGUGUCGAAGCUGAACUGGCUGGUGGGAGGACGCAAUGGAGUGCGUGCUUACUGCAUAACCCACCCGCACCAACUGACUAAAGACAUGUUUUGUAAGAUGGAGGUCAUUAAUCAAGUUGAUGACAAGUUCAUUGCUUGUUUGGUUCAUGCAGAAGACAGCACUUUUGAUGAAUCAGAUAUUUCAGGCUCAGGUGAACUCCUUGUACUGAUUGAUCAACACGCAGCUCACGAGAGAAUCAGACUUGAAAGACUUACACAAGAUCUCUUUGCCACCUCGCCCUCGGAUGAAGUCAAGCCCCGGGUAAAAUCUGUACCCGUCUCGCCACCAAUAGAAGUCGAUUUUACUCCGGAAGAGCUGCGACUUAUCAAGAGCUUUCGUCGCGAAUUGGAGCGCACAGGUCUUCGGUUUGUUAUCGGGUCAGAGCCGAGUGCCUUCCGGGUGAUAGCGCACGAGUUACCGGCUGUUUUCGUAGAACGAGAGGCGUCCGAGCUUCGGCACCGGAGACCUUCCGUGGCAGCCAGCAUUGUAAAGGACCUCAUCCAAGAACAGCUGCAGCAUCUAACGAGUGCAUGCGGGGUAACCCCAGGGAUUCCAAAGACCAUACUGCGUGUGCUCAGCUCUCAAGCCUGCCACGGUGCAAUCAAGUUUGGUGAGCCAUUGGCAGUGGCUGAAUGUGAGCAGCUUAUCCAAGACCUGGCCAGCUGCAACCUCCCAUUCCAGUGUGCGCAUGGCAGACCUUCAACUGUACCUUUGAUUGACCUCAAGCGAUUGCCAAAUAAGCAGGAUGAUGGCCAGCCCAAUAUAAAGAGGAUUAAGCUAUCAGCUAUCUCUUCCACAUAUGGGAAACAAUAGAAAUGUUGAAGAAGUCUAUCAUGGCUCUUCUGCUGUCUAAGAUUACCAAUAAAAAGUUUUAUGAUCA